AUGACUUCGGUCCGCGCAGCUGGCUUCUCGUCAACCCUUCGCCGUGGUACAGCAGUGGUAAAAUUUAAUGUUGACCAAUCUGCUGUAAGCCCAUCAAACACUGAGAGAAAUUUAAUCGAACUUACUGCUCCUCCUCUUGAACAAAAAUCGGAAGACAGUCCCGAAACUCAAAUGAAAGAGAUGGAGAAAAAGGUCACUCGACUUUUUGAAGAGAGUUGCCUGGCAACUGCGGAUGGGGACAUAAGUCUCGCGUUGGAAAAAGCCAAAGAGGCAGGCAGGAAAGAGCGCGUUCUCGUAAGACAACGUGAACAGCUUGGUGUGGCUGACCAAAUUAACCUCGACCUGACCUACUCAGUCCUCUUUAAUUUAGCCAAUUGCUACGAAAAUGCAGGCAUGCUACAUGAGGCACUGAACACCUACCAAGCUAUUGUCCGAAAUAAGAUGUUUACUCACGCAGGCCGAUUAAAGGUUAACAUGGGGAAUAUACACUUCAGACAAAAGAACUAUGCUAAAGCUGUGAAAAUGUAUCGGAUGGGUCUAGACCAGGUGCCAAACACCCACAAAUCUGUAAGGCAAGUAAACAUCUAUCUUAACAUAACCUUAUACUACUUAACAUUUGAAAUAAAGAUAAUGCAAAACAUUGGAAUAGCAUUUGUCAAGCUACGCCAAUACGGUGACGCCAUUUUUGCUUUCGAGCAUAUUAUGCAGGAGGAGCCAGAAAUUAAGACGGCUUUCAAUCUCAUCCUCUGCUACUUCAAAAUUGGCGACAAGAGUAAAAUGAAAUACACAUUUCAAAGGCUCCUUAAAGUAGACUUACACCUUGACGAUGAAGAACGAUACCUGUCACCAAAUGAUGAUAAACAUUACGAGAGUAUUUUAGAAGUGAUAAAGAAUGACGAACUGCGGCAAUACGAAAAGGAUAAGAAGGCAUACGCUGAGAACGUCAUUAAGAUGGUGGCAAAAAUUAUUGCACCGGCGAUUGAGCCUAAUUUCAACAUGGGCUACACGUGGUGCAUCGAACAGACCAAGACGUCCACCUACCGUGAGCUACCGCACGACCUUGAAAUCGACAAAGCCCUGAUGUACCUCAAACAACGCGAUUUUCAAAAGGCCAUCGAAACGUUGAAGUCGUUUGAAAAUAAGGACGCUAGGACAGCCUGCACAGCGGCUAUCAACCUGUCUUUCCUCUACUUCCUUGAAGGUGAUCUCAUCCAGGCGGAUCGCUACGCCGAUCAGGCCUUAACCGCUGAUCGCUACAGUCCAGCAGCCCUGGUAAAUAAGGGCAACAUUCUCUUCAAGAAAGGUCAGCUGGAUCGGGCUCGGGAUUGCUAUCGCGAGGCUCUUCAAGACGAUCCAACGUGCGUGGAAGCCCUGUACAAUUUCGGCCUUGUCGCCAAACAAAUGGAUCGUUUUGACGAGGCGUUGGACGCCUUCUACAAGAUCCACGUUAUGCUUCGUAACAACGUUCUUGUGAUGUAUCAGAUGAUGGACAUUUACGAACGGAUCGGCGAUCUCUCGCAGUCUCAGGACUGGUUUCUUCAACUGCAUGGACUGAUCCCAUCAGACCCCUUUCUCCUUCAACGUUGUGGUGAUUACUUUGAACGAGUGGGCGACAAGUCGCAAGCGUUCUCCUACUACUAUGAUUCGUUCAAGUACAACCCGUGUAACUUUGACGUGAUCGAAUGGCUUGGUGCUUACUACAUUGAAUCGCAGUUCUGCGAGAAGUCCAUAACCUAUUUUGAAUGCGCGGCACUUAUGCAACCGAAUCAGAUCAAAUGGCAAUUAAUGAUUGCUUCGUGCUACCGAAAAAGUGGUGACUACCAAAGGGCACUUGAAAUGUACAAAAAAAUUCACAAACAAUUCCCAGAAAAUGUCGAAUGUCUUCAAUUUCUUGUGCGUCUUCACAAGGACAUGGGCCUGCCUGAGACGAGUGAGUACCUAAAUAGACUCAAAAAAGCAGAGAAACUUCGAGAAGCCCGCGAACAACGCGCUAUUUCAGCCUCCAGUCGUCAGCCAAUCGUUGUAGGCGCCGUUGGCCAACCCACUGACGGCCUUGACAGUGGAAGCGUUGGAAGCCGCGAGAGCAGCUCUACAAUGCGUCGCUUCAUGCCUGGCACAGGCCGACAGCUCUCAGCAACGCGUCUGAGUAGCGGUGGACGACCAUCACGAGUGGGUGACUACACAGACGGACCCGGCGAGCCAGAGGCUGCUUCACUGAGCGCACGCAAUUCCUUCAACUCCAUUCAGCAGGCUCUGGAACCCGACUACACUGACCCCCUAGGUCCGACCGCCGAGCGACCGCGGACCGCCGUCAAGAAACGCGGACAGGUCGAUGAAUUCGCCGACGACGAGGUCGAUGCUGACAUGCUUCCAGACUAG